CUGUCACGUGGUCAGGAGAAACAGAAAGCCAAGAGUCGCAGUUUCGUAGUUCAAAACAAACCACUUCCCUGGUGUUGUCGUAUAACGAGCGCGUUUGUUCUCUGAAUAUUAAUAUUUACGAUCGAGAUGAGGACCUAAAGCCCCUCUAAACGAGGCACUGUAAGCCUUCUAAACUCCGAGCUGUGGUUAGCUUAGCAUCGAGCGGUGCUCCAUGGACUCCCCAGCGGGAUGUGGGGUCCGCUCGCUCGGCCCAGGUAACGCUGCCGUCCCCGGGCCGCAACCCGCGGGACGGCCGCCUCUUCGGCCGUACCACCUGCACGGCUCCCCGGGGAGCGUAACGGUGGAGUCGGUGGACGACGCGGAAGGUCUCUCCGUGGCCGUGGAGCGCUGUCCUCUCUGUGGCUCCGCUCGGAGGAAGCUCACCUGUAGCCGCUGCGUUCAGUCCGGGGACUUCGUGUACAUCGACGGGAGGAACCCUGAACGAUACAUAGAGAAGCUGGAGCGACUGACAGCGCUUAAAGAAGAGAAGGACCAGCUGCAGAAGAGUGUGAUCGCAGCGAUGGAGCCCACCCUGCAGGCCGACCAGAUGAAAUGGAAGAUCAUGGCGUGUAAGAUGAAGAUCGAGCAGCUGAAGGAGGCGGUUGCCUGGGGCAACGAGGAGGUCUGCAGCGCUCCCCUCGACCUCCCCUCCUCCUCCUCUUCCUCUUCCUCUUCCUCCUCCUCCUCAGGUAAGGAGCUGCUCCUGCGCUCCCAGGAGGAGAGCGGCCGGCUGCAGCGGCGGGCGAGCCGGCACCAGGAGAAGCGGGACAAGAUGGAGCGCCACACGCGGCGGCUGGCGGAGCUCCUGGAGCGCCGCGGCCGCGAGCUGGGGCAGCGCCUGGAGAGCCUGGCCCAGGUCCGCCGCGAGCAGGUCCUGGACCUCACCGCCCACGUGUUCCCCACGCGGGAGGACAAGCUGCCCAGCAGCAGGGACCCGGCGGACGUGGCCCUGGAGAGCGAGCCGGCGCUGCCGUCCAGCACGGUGAGCGAGCUGGCGGAGGCGAGGCGCACCACCUACCUGUCGGGACGCUGGGUGUGGGACGACCACAACGGGGACACCAGCAUCAGCAUCACCGGGCCCCACGUCACGCUGCCUAGCAACGGAGACUGCUCCGCCUACUACAGCUGGGCCGAGGAGAAGGGCGCCAGUCAGGGGCCGGAGCUGGAGCACAUAAGCCCCACCCACACCAUUAGCGCAGCGCUGUGCUACGCCACCCAGCUAGCUAACAUCCUGUCUCACAUCCUGGACAUCAACCUGCCCAAGAAGCUCUGCAACAGUGAGUUCUGCGUGGAGAACCUGAGCCGGUACCGCUUCACCCGGGCCCUCGCCAAACUCAACACCAACAUCCUGUUCCUGUCCUUCUCCCAGCACGUCGACAGUGAGAAGCUCCACCCUCACCACACCCUGAGGAACGUCAUGUUCCUGGUCUCCCCCGACAACAAGAAACUGGGCAGGACGGGGCCGUUCGAGGUGGCCGUGGACCUGGAGGAGUCCAUGGAGUUCGUGGAGCCGGAGGCGGACGGGCCGGCGGAGGAGAGCGCCGAGGAGGGGGUCACCGACGACGAGACGGACCUGGGGGUGGACUGGGAGACGGUGCCCAGCCCCCGCUUCUGCGACAUCCCCUCACAGCCCAUGGAGAUGUCCCAGAGCGCUGCCCUCCAGCUCUCCCAGCCCGCUGCGCCCGGGGGGAUGAUCUCCUCCGCCGCCGCCUCCGUCACCUCCUGGUUCAGAGCCUACACGGGCCAGCGCUGACCACCUCCGCCACCUCCACCACCUCCUCCUGGUCCAGACCCUCCACCACCUCCUGUCUAGACCCUCCACCUCCUCCUGGUCCAGACCCUCCACCUCCUCCUGGUCCAGACCCUCCACCACCUCCUGGUCUAGACCCUCCACCACCUCCUGGUCCAGACUCUGCACCACCUGGUUCAGGGCCAGCCCCCCUAAGGAGAACCUCGUGGUCCAGAGCUGAACCAGUACCGGGCUGCAGAUGAUCGUCAACUGCACUUGAAGAAUGUGUCUUCGUCUUCUUCUGAUUGGUCCGUCAGCAUGAUGACAUCACGUCCUGGUCCAACCCUGGACGGGUUCCAGGAGGACCUACAGGUGGACACGCGUCCCUUCGUCUGCCUAGAGGUCUCUGUAUGCCCGCUGAGCGUGAGUGGGUGGUGGUGGUGUUUCUCCUCUGAGCUCUGGAGGAACCAGCCGCAGAAAUGCCCUCCUGUUCUCAUCAAAACCCUGAUUUAAAACCCAUUCAGCUGAAAUCGGUCACCUCCUUCCACACUCUGAAGACUGGCUGCUGGGGUGGACUUAAGUACGGUAUCAUCUGUGACGUUAUGAAAAUACAAUCAUUUGUGUAUUAAAAAUAAAUAAAAAGAUGCCACAAAUGACCACAAAA